UUUUCGUUCCCAACACCAUAAAAGUUGCUUGUUUGUGUUUUCCUGUUGGGCGUGGCUGAAUGACAACUGCUGCAUGUCGAGAGCCACGUCAGUUGCUCGCUCAUGUCAAACGUCGUAACUGACGACGCGCUUCUUGCUUCUUUGGUCGAUGAGGUGGGAGUUAGUUGUUACGACAUCCAUCCCCACCAACCACACUGCCAUCCUCCCCCAAUCCACAUCAUCUUCAUUCUCAUCAGCGUUCACCACAACGAUACACCAACUCCACUGUGCCCAAAGCAACAUCAAAACGGACCUGAGUGCGUGAACGAACACCGCAUUCUGCUGCGACUUGUUCUUCUUCCACCUUCUGCCAUCGCCAUUGCCAACUGCGUGGUGCUUCACCUUGGACAUCUCCUCUCCUCCUCCUCCUCCUCUUUCCCCAAACCUUGUUCAAGCCGUCCGACACAAUGAUAAUACAGUGACUGAUUCCACAUUGACGAUCAUCCUUCUUUGUUGAGCUGGUCACACCCCCGUGUUAUCCAUUUGUAUCUGCCCCCCUUUUGUUGGGUCCUGUGUGUGCGCGCGGCUCUCGUUUUGAGCCCACACCAUCACAAUGACUCAAGAGCCUGAUCCCAUAUCUUCGCACCAAGUGGUGCCCCAUGCACUCGCCACAGAGCUCAAAGUUCGCCAUCCGCUUAUGGAGGACGUGAAGCAGACGGUUGUCAUGGAGCGUCAAGUGCUGCCGAGCGAGCCCCAGGAAGGCAACAUCGAGUACAAACUCAAGCUGAUUGAUCCAAGCGCUGAGCGUCUUGUUCACCUCACCACCCAGAUGAAAUGGCGACUUGCUGAGGGUGGCGGCGAAGCCAUCUACCAGAUUGGCGUCGGUGAUGACGGCUCCCUGCAUGGCUUGAGCGUUGCCGACCUGGAGGCAUCGCUCGAGACGCUGGCCACCAUCGCCCACGGCGUUGGCGCCACGUUCACCCUGCUCCGCCGCAGCCCAAGCCUCGACGGCCACGGCGUGAUUGCAGAGGUGCACGUGCGCAAGGCCACCGAGGACCAGCAGUUUGUGGACGUGCGUGUGUUUGUGCUUGGCGACUCUGGCAGCGGCAAGAGCACGGUGAUUGCGUGUCUUGCGUCCGGUAAGGCCGACAAUGGCCGCGGAUCGGCGCGUCUUGAUCUGUUUCGCCACAGCCACGAGGUUGUCACGGGCCGCACAGCCUCCACGAGCACGGAGAUGCUUGCGUUUGACGGGCAGGGCAAUGUGCUGAACUACGACAAGGAUUUGAACCCGCAGCCUGUUGCGGACAUCUGUUCGCAGGCCUCCAAAGUUGUCCAUCUCAUCGACUCGCCCGGGCUCGAGAAGUAUGAGAAGACGACGUUGUCUGGGCUGGCGCGCCACGGGCCAGAUCACAUCUGCAUUGUCGUCAGCGCAACACGGGGGAUGACCAGCCAGACAAAGCGACACAUGGAUAUGGCGCUUGCCCUCAACAUCCCCGUGUUUGUUGUCAUCACAAAGAUUGACAAAUGCCGCAAGGACCAGCUCAAGCACGCGCUCGUCGACGUGUGCAUUGCGGUGAAAUCGCCCGGGAGCAACAAAGUGCCGCAGCCCGUCAAGAACGUCGAUGACCUCCUCACAGCCCGCGACCAGGGAAUCAGCGUGGUGCCCAUCUUCUUCGUGUCAAACGUGACGGGCAAGAACUUGAACCUACUGUCGCAGUUCAUGAACCUCCUUCCCUGCGUCAACUCCAUACGUCUCGAGACCAAGUCCCACCUUCCUGCCAAGAUGCUGGUGGAGGACACGUUUAACGUGUCUGGCGUCGGCGCCGUUGUUGCCGGCAUGGUGCGCCAGGGACUCGUCCGCACAAACGACCGCCUCAUGCUCGGCCCGCAGGCUGAUGGCAGCUUUGCUCCUGUCACUGUCACCAGCAUCCACCGCAACCGCGCCCCCGUCUCGUGUGUCAAGGCCGGCCAGGUUGCCUCUGUUGCCGUCUCCGGCGCAAGAAUACGAAGAGGCCAAAUCCUGUGCGAGGAAGAGUUGAUACCGCCCACGUGCCAGCAGUUUGAUGCAGACCUGCUUGUCAUCGACUGCCCUGCAAAACAGACGCUCACAACGGGAUUCCCGUGCUCUGUGUUUGUGCAGAAUGUGCGGCAGAGUGGCGUGAUUGAGCACCUCGGGGUUGAUGACGACGGCGCCGUUGUCUGCGCCACCGUUCGCUUCGAGCACCAGCCGGAGGUCGUGGAGGUGGGCAGCCGCGUUGUGCUUCACAGCGGCUAUUUCAAGGCCAUUGGCUCCGUCACGUCCACAACCCCGCCAACAGCUGAGCGCACAGCCGCAGAUGCAACGGCAGCCAGCAGCCAGCACAUGUGAAACCGUGCGACGACCACGCGUGUCGUCUGUUCCCGCUUCUUUCGUGCUUGGCGCGGCUGCUACCACGUCUUCUAUUCCUGUUGCUGUUGCCUUCUUCCUAUAUGUCGUUUAUGCGCCCUCACGUCGCUUCAGUGUGUUGUGUUGUGUUGUCUGCUUCAUGUUUGCUUGCUGGCUUGUUUGUUUGUUUUCCAUCUGUGUUGAGUUGCUCCUAGCAAUCAGUGCCUGUGUUGUGUUGUUCCUUUCUGUUGCUUUGUCUUGCGUUCUUAUGUCGUGCUUGCUCGCCCACUGUCUCUUCUUCUAUGUUUCGUGUUGACCUUUUGUCUUGUGUUCGUUUGUGUCUAUGACAUUGGGAAUGGCCCAUCGCACGACACACCAUCGUCCAUACACCAGAACAACGACAACCAGCCAGCC